AGUCGCCCGACUACGCGUCUGUGUUUCUGCCAUCACAUACCGCCUAGCAGCUUCCAACGCGACACCAUCACCGAGCCUCCCUUCAGUUACAACAAAGAAGAUGUGUUAUCCAAUGCAGCGCCAGCAGAAUGCAGGACAACCCGCCGCACGUUAGGCUUCGUUCCCAUUGCGGCGCCUGUGGCAGAGCCUUUGUCGCACGCCAACGAAUCGGCGCGCUUCUCGGCAGCCAUGGGGCGCCCCGCUGCAGAUACAUCGACGCCGCCCUCUUCCCAGCCAACUACUUUUGCCACCAAGGAAAUGCCAAUGUGAUAUUCUGCCGAACCGUUCGCUGCGAACUAUGCGCAGAAUCCGCCGAAACCGCAACCAUCCACGUCGAUUGCUUCGUCCUCUUCAUGAAGCGAUGCACGGCGCCAAACAGACUCCAGAGGCUGUGGGUUGCAUCGACGUGGAGAGAUCCCUGGCCCAAGGCUCCACUCUCGAUCCUGAACCCUGUCGCCCAUCGCUGGGACUGUAUAGACGAGAUUCCGAAAAGAUACAAUCUGCCGGGGUUUCAAACGCUCCCGCCUGAACUGCAGCUGAUGAUUUGGAACUAUUCGCGACCACCUUUGCUGGAGAGAUAUUGCUCUGUGGCGGCGCUGGCUGACUUCCUGUCCGACUCUCAGCCAACUCGUCGAACAUCCCUGCCACUCGUCGAACUGCAGCAAUGGACUCGUGGGAGUGAUCCCAUAUCCGCAAAUGCCCCCCUGGCCGAGGGCAGUACCAUACAUCUCACAAUAGAUGCGCAGGGGCUCAAAGAGAUUAGCCGCACCCCUCCACAAGCCUCGAUAGCCAACUCCCGACGGGGCGAGUAUUCAUACGCCAUAGCAACACCAGAGCAGUGUGUUGGCGUUGAAGCGGAAUUCAGGUACGGCCUCGGUCGUCUCCGAUUCUCUGACAACUCUCCGCCCUUGACAAUCUGGGACACUCCCACUCCGCCAUCUCUAGAACGGUCUCUUCUCUUCCCAGUACCCUCAGACAGCACCCGUUUUUCCACUGCCAAUUUACGCCGCUGUACGGGUAUCACAUUUUUCAUCAGAUACUGCUCCACGGUCGGUGUUCAUGUCCAUACACCACAAGCCCCCUGUGCCCUGAUUUCCGCCGCGCGGCUUUCAGCCAAUCCACGGCGUCCGGCUUGGGUGUAUGUCCCUGUCAGCCCCAAGGACCCCAUCUUGGCAUUUGGUAUCCGAUCGGACGACUUGAGAGGAUACGGGGUAGCAAGGAGGCCAUGCUUUCUGCUUCGCAUGUUACGCUCCGGAGAUUUCGCUGUUGGCCCACAUCAUACCGGAAUCACCGAGGAUUUCGUCUCUCUGAUAGGACCUAGUUCUAUACUUGUUCAUGAUUCCCCUAAGUGGUGCCUGUUUUCGGUAUUCGGUAUCGAUCCCCGGGAAGAUGCGGAUUUUGAGAUAAAACCCUUCGCCCCUAUGACUAGUGCCCCCAUCAACCAUGCUUGCUUCUCUUCGGCACCUCUACAGAGCAUAGCGUCCACCCAAGCUUUCUACGACAAGGAUACCAAGGUCCACAGGGGAAUCCUCAUUACCUAUCAGGAUGGUACACGCCGAGCUCUUGGGCAAUGUCGAGUUGGAUUGGACCCCUUUAGACACUGUGUCAGCCCUGCACGUGUUUGCUUCACCCUCCCGGACCCAGCACAGCGUCGUAUAAGGCUCCAUCAGGAGUUUGGCGUCAAGUUUGAGUUCGGCACAGACGUGGAGCACACACACGACGGGACAGACAAUUUGGAGUGGAUCUGUUCUCCGAUGGAGGGGGUUCUGCAGUUCUGGUUCAGUGGCAGAGACACCAGGCUUGAGAUAGUUCAUCCCUAGUUUGAGCUAGCGAGUUUCUU